AGAGCCAGAAAAUGUAAAAAAAAAAAACAAACAAUUGUUUAUUCUCAAAUUAUCGCUUUUUGGUAGUAUUGUUCCAUAAUAAUUGUCAAAAAUUAAACAAUACUUCUAUUUUUCGUAUUGGAAUGGAUUUAAAGAAAAUGUCGGGCGAUCACAAAACAUUGAUAAAAGGCAGUCCAUCGCAAUACGUAAAAUUAAAUGUGGGCGGUACACUUUUUUAUACAACAAUUGGUACCCUGACUAAGAGUGACAAUAUGCUUCGAACGAUGUUCAGUGGUAGAAUGGAAGUGUUGACGGAUUCGGAAGGUUGGAUACUGAUAGAUCGUUGUGGCAAACAUUUUGGAACAAUAUUAAAUUAUCUCAGAGAUGGUACUGUUGCUUUACCUGAUAGUUAUCGUGAGGUAAUGGAGCUACUGGCUGAGGCCAAAUAUUUUUUAAUUGAAGAAUUAACUGAUUCAUGUCAGCAAGCUCUAUCUAAAAAGGAAAGAGAGGCAGAACCAAUAUGUCGGGUGCCAUUGAUAACUUCACAAAAGGAAGAACAACUGCUUAUAAUGUCAACUUCUAAGCCAGUGGUAAAACUUUUGAUUAAUAGGCACAAUAAUAAGUAUUCAUAUACAAGCACAUCUGAUGAUAAUUUAUUAAAGAAUAUUGAGUUAUUUGACAAACUGUCCCUACGAUUCAGUGGUAGAGUUCUCUUUAUUAAGGAUGUCAUUGGAUCCAAUGAGAUAUGUUGCUGGUCUUUCUUUGGACAUGGAAAAAAAUGUGCUGAAGUCUGUUGUACUUCUAUUGUUUAUGCCACAGAUAAAAAGCAUACCAAAGUUGAGUUUCCCGAAGCUAGAAUUUAUGAGGAGACCUUGGGUAUAUUAUUAUAUGAGAGUAGAAAUGGACCUGAUCAAGAUUUGAUUCAAGCUACUUCAUCUCGUGGAGCCGUAGGAGGUCUGUCUUGCACAAGUGAUGAAGAGGAAGAGCGUUCAGGCCUUGCACGACUCAGAUCAAAUAAACAGAAUAACCAAUCUUAGCGGUUACAGUCUGGCUUGGCGCGCCUUAGGAGCUCGAAACGGACAAAUGUCUGAUACCAAGCUGGCUACUUUUUGCCCUUCUGCUGGCUGCCAUGCUUCGGUCUGUAGAAUUUAUUGAGCUAUGCCCAUGACUUGAUUUCUGUGGGCCUAUUCUUUCUGUGAGCUCUCUUGGGAAUGUGAAUGACAUUGGAGUAUUAGUGUAGCAAAAGAGGCAUUUAUAGUUUAGAACCAGUUGGAAAGAAUUAUGGACAACUGUAAUGUGUUACAUAUCUGUUUUGUGUUUAGUGAAUAUUAGUAUGUCACAAAUAGAAUUGAUAUGACAAGAAACAAUAGUGCAAAUAAUGUCACAUAUUGUAGAUUUAUACCUGAACAAAGCUUUGGUUGUAGAGGGAACAGUCCUGUCCAGUAUAUGUUCAGAGUAAAUAAACCAAACCUGCAGUAUUUGUUCUUGAUGUAUCUAUGGUGUGUAACUUAGUCCAGAAUGAUAAUGAAAGUGUGAAGAAGAAGGAAAUACUUUUUUCCAUUUAAUGUCUGUGUCUUUGUUAAUAUAUUGUAAAACAGUAUCAUAAAUUAGUGGAUCUUAAGAGUUGGAUUGAUAUGUACAAGCUUUGCAGUACAUUUAUGUGGUACUUUUAAUACAUAAUUGAAUGUUAUGCUUAAAAAUAUUAUAUUACACAGCUCAAGUAAUUUGCCAAAUCAAUGUUGUUUAGGUGUUAGAAUCUCAAUUGAGGUUAAUUUGUAAAACUAAAGCUCAUUUAUGUGUUAUGUGUAACUAUAAAAUGAUAUACAAAACUGAAGCUUGUUAUAAAAAUAAGGAAUAUGGAAAUAUUUGUUUUUGAUUUGUAAUACAGUAGGUGUAUUUGAAGUAUUAAAGUCCUAGGUAAAUGUAUUUGUAAAAUGUACAAUUUCAUAUUUUCAAAUAAGUUGUACUUAUAAGCAUGUAUGUAUACAAGAGUUGAAACAACACAAAUUUUGAACAUAAUUAUUUCCUAUUUUAGAUAAAUAUCAUAGGUAUCUGUGUGAAACAUAAUGAUCGUCAUUGUCUAAACAGUAGGUAAUUAAAACACUAGUUUUUAGUACUUUAAAUAAGUUUUAUAAUUGCACAGCUGUGACUAAAAGAUUCUGUAGUUUAAUUGAUAUAAUUUUCCUAUACAUGUAUAUAUGAACUUAGUUUUAUCUAUAACUUCGUCCAUAUAAAUAGGAUAUAUUUAUUGACUAGGAAAAAAAUCCGUAAUUGUGUAUUCUAAAUGUCAUGACUAUUGGUUGAGUAUUUAUAUAUUAGUAAGUAGGAAGGAUUGAUAAAUAGUUUCAACUCUUGUGUUCAUACAUAUUUAGAACUUCUGUUAGAUUGAUCACAUUAAAAUAUAUUGAAUGUUGCCAUUAUAUUAGACUGAAGACAUCCAAAUUUGAAUUUUAUUGCAUUACUUUAAAAAUUAGUAUGAUAAAGGCAACAAUUCUGUAGUAUUAGAUACAAAUUAAAUAGAUUAGUUCUAUUGAAAUGAAUGGAAUGAUAUUUUUGUCUUCAUCCCCAACCAGGUAUUUGUAACUUGAAGUAGACCUGUCAAAAGGUUCUAGUCUGAUAUUUAUUGAAUUAUUUUUAUUGGAUUAGAUAUUUCCCUGUGUUCCCUGAAGCAGUUAAUGGAGGCUAACACAUUUUUUCUGGCAAGACUGUGCAGGUAGUGAAUCCGAAUGCAAUUUCUAUGUAGACAUUAUUGUUUCACCUUUUAAUUAUUUAGUAUAUUAUUACUUCCCUUAAACCCAAUGUAAGACUGGUUUCACAAUAGAGAAGCUACUGUUUAUUUUUUUUUCCAUUUAAGAUUAUCUAUAAAAUAUACUUGUUUACAAAAUAUAUGCUCACUGUUUAGCUGUCAA